GCGGCAGAGGCGUUGACGUCACCGCCUCCCGCUCCUUGUCCGCCAUUGGAAAUCAGGGGAGAAGAGAAGGGGGGGAGGGGGAUGAGGAAACGACUCGAGAGCGAUAUAAUAACCCCGUGAGGCUGAAGAGGGACAGAGUUGAAGAAGCGGAGGAGGACGAAGAGGGGGCGGAUUGGUCCUUUCUCCUCCUCAGGCCUUGUCUGUGGCGAGCAAUGUGAGAGGAGAGGCCAGAGAGAGAGAGCGGGAGCGCGCGCACGGAGGAGCCACUGCGCCUGCGCGCGGCCUUCUCCCUCCCCUCCUCCUCCUGGCUACGCGCAUGCGCCACCGCCUCCCUCUUCCUCGCCGCCAGCCACACUCCCUCCUCCCGGGAUAAGCCCAAGGCGGGAGGGGGGAAGCCUGCUCGCCCACCCACGAGGCGCUCACUCCCACGGAGAGCACGCACGCAAGGCCUCGCCCCCCUCCUCCACCCCCUUUCCCCCCUUCCUCCUCCUCCAUCCCCAUAUUUCGAGGCGCAUGAGAGAUGUCUGCCACCAGCGUUGACCCCCAGAGGCCGAAAGGACAGGAUAAUAAAGUGCAAAAUGGUUCUCUUCAUCAAAAGGAUACAGUUCAUGACAAUGAUUUUGAGCCUUACCUUUCUGGACAGUCAAAUCAGAAUAACAGCUAUCCAUCAAUGACAGAUCCGUACUUGUCCAGUUAUUAUCCACAUUCUAUUAGCUUUCCUUAUUCUCUCAGUGAAGCACCAUGGUCAACUGGAGGUGAUCCUCCGAUCCCAUACCUCACUACCUAUGGACAACUCAGUAAUGGUGAUCAUCAUUUCAUGCAUGAUGCUGUUUUUGGACAACCUGGUGGACUGGGGAACAACAUUUACCCACACAGAUUUAAUUUUUUCCCUGAAAAUCCACCUUUCUCAGCAUGGGGAACAAGUGGAUCUCAGGGACAGCAGACUCAAAACUCAGCUUAUGGAAGCAGUUACAGUUAUCCACCCAGCUCCUUGGGUGGUACUAUUGUGGAUGGCCAGACAGGAUUUCAUAACGACACAUUAAAUAAAGCUCCUGGGAUGAACAGCAUUGAACAGGGAAUGGUUGGACUGAAGAUUGGUGGGGAUGUCACAGCCUCUGCUGUGAAAACGGUAGGUUCUGUGGUGAACAGUACUGGGCUGGCAUGUGCUUUGUCUGGCAAUGGUGGAUCAAGUAUAAACCUGCCAGUAUCUAAGCCAACCUCUUGGGCUGCUAUUGCUAGUAAACCUGCAAAACCUCAACCCAAGAUGAAAGCAAAAAGUGGGCCUGUAGUUGGAGGGGCUUUGCCUCCACCACCUAUUAAACAUAACAUGGACAUAGGUACUUGGGACAAUAAAGGUCCUGUGGCAAAAGUUCCAGCUCCCCAGCAAAUUCCUUCACCUCAGUCCCUUCCACAGCCACAAAUUAUUCAGCCUAUUCCCACACAACCACCUCCACUGACCCAGCUGCCAUACCAGAACCCUCAGCCACCACCGCCUCAAAACCGGUGGGUGGCACCACGUAACAGAAAUGCAGCUUUUGGCCAAAGUGGUGGAACUGGAAAUGAGAGCAACUCACUGGGCAGUGCCCCAGCUAAUUCUAUCCCAGGUGGUGAAUCCCAUCCUGUUCUUGAAAAACUGAAAGCUGCCCACAGUUACAACCCUAAGGAUUUUGAGUGGAACCUUAAAAAUGGACGUGUGUUCAUAAUAAAGAGCUAUUCUGAGGACGAUAUACAUCGUUCUAUCAAAUACUCCAUUUGGUGUAGUACAGAACAUGGCAACAAGCGUUUGGACAGUGCUUUCCGCUCAAUGAAUAGUAAAGGUCCAGUCUACUUACUCUUCAGUGUCAAUGGCAGUGGACACUUCUGUGGAGUGGCAGAAAUGAAAUCAUCAGUGGACUAUGGCACCAGUGCUGGCGUCUGGUCUCAGGACAAAUGGAAGGGGAAGUUCGACGUCAAGUGGAUCUUUGUGAAAGAUGUGCCCAACAACCAGCUCCGACACAUCCGGCUGGAGAACAAUGACAACAAGCCAGUUACAAACUCCCGUGACACUCAGGAGGUGCCCUUAGAAAAAGCAAAACAAGUGCUUAAAAUUAUUGCUACGUACAAGCACACAACCUCCAUCUUUGAUGACUUUUCUCAUUACGAAAAACGCCAGGAGGAAGAAGAAGUGGUGCGGAAGGAACGGCAGAAUCGAAACAAACAAUAAGAAUAAACAUAUAUAUGGUUUGCUAUAAAUAUAUAUAUAUAUAUACUAGAACUGAUAUUAAAUUUGAUUAUGAAAAACUGAAUCUUUUUAAAAGUGCUCUGGUGCUAUAUUCUAGCAUCAAGAGACUGUAAAGCUUUUAGCUCCAAUAUCUUUUUGUGCAGGGGAAAUUCAAUUCUUGCAUCUUUUUAAGUACACUGUACUGUGUUCUUGGUUUGGUUUUGUUUGGUUUUAUUUUCUGCGCCCAGGUGAAUAUGCAUUAAGUUGUAUCUUUUCUAUGUAUAAUGCUGUAGAAUCCAUUAAUAAAGAUGUUCCCUGUUUUUUUAAAAAAAUAUUUGGUUAAAUAUGUUCCUCUAGAAUUAAAUAUCUGAAACCAUUAGUAUUUCCCAAAGAAUGUUAACUUCAGCACAAAUUAUGUUUCUAAUCUGAAAAUUGACCAUAAUUUUAUAUUUGUGUACUUUAGAUCCUCUUGUCUCACCAUCCCCACAAUUGUCCUGAUUUUUCAUGGCAAGAACCAAAAUAAAAAUUUUAAUCUGAUUUUCUUUCAGUCAUCUUCAGCUUUAACAUCAAUGCAGCAUGUUUCAGAUCACUUUGUAUAGUUCACUUUUUUAAUCUGACCUGUUUAUUAUUUUUCAGAAAUUUUGAAAUGUCACUUUUUUGUUUUGUAGCAAGAAAGCUGUAAGGUUUAACUCACAAGAAUCACUUCAUAUUCCCAGCAGCAUACAUGGACAUUGCAUAAAUGCUUUUGUGCAUUUGCCUCAUUUAGAAGCACUUUCAGUAGAGCUUGCAUGGGAAGUGUUCCUUGUGGGUUGCUCCUUAUAGCUGAAAACUAGCAUUUCUUUAAUACCUGGUAAACCAGUGCUCUUUAAUGGGGAGAUGCUAUGUAUUGCAGCCUGUAAUAAAAGGUUAGAACUUUUCUGUCAACCAUCAUUUUACUUUCUUUUUUGCAGGGAAACAUUUAAUGAAUGGAAUAAUGUUUUGACAUUGUAGGGGCUUGGGGCAAUGUGGUUUCUUAAAAUACCUUUUCUCUGUUUUCUAAUACAAAUUAAACACUUGUUUUUUCUCUGUUCCCUUUUUCUUUCUUACCCACCUCCCUAAAAAUGCCACUUAAAAUUUUAUACUGAUAAUGGUGAGCUUUAAUAUAGAAUCUUAGUACAGACUCAUAUGAUGGAUUAUGCUUCAGAUGUUUAAAAUUGACAGUAUGUGUGUGUCUAUAUAUUUUUUUCCUGUUGGAUGAGUAAAAACAACUGUUCUACAAAAUGGAAUUUGCUGUCCUGUUUUUGUGGAAUGAGGGAGCUGUCGAAGAACUGGCCACCAACUGGAGUUUCAAAAUUUAGCAUGAAUUCUUGGUGCUCAUGCCUGUUGCUCUAGCACACCGAAUCUGCACGUGUUUAUCGUAGAGGAUCUUUUACUUAUAUUAGAAAGCAAAUAUCUUCUGGAAACUAUUUACUCAAGAGGACCUCCAACUUAAAUGAAAGUUUAAGCUGUAUCAUUUAGACUUGUAUUUAGAAAAUAUAGCUUUGUCUCUGGUCUGUUACUUCUGAUGUAAGGAGUAAUGGGACAGCAUCAGAUUAACUUUUUCCUCUAGGAGAAUACAAGCCUUAAUAAAUAAUACCUACUUAGCAA